CAAAGCCAGAGAAAGAAAGGAAGGGUGUUGCCUGCAACCCACCUGAACAGCUUGAGCAAGAGAGGAGGGACCAGACACACAUUCACUCUUAAACACAAGUCAUAUCUGGGGGGAAUAUUCAGUCGAUUUUGCACAGCACCAAGAGAGGUAGGAAGGGAACUUUUUCCUGCAAGCACAAGAAGUUUCCCCGUUGUUUGAAUUUGUGAAGACGCAGGUGGAAAACAGGUUAUUUUCCCUCUUCGGUUAAUCAUUGGACACAAGGGAGAGAAUUAAGGAUUUUCUUUUAGAGAACUUUGCUGUUUCUGGUUGGACUCUGGGACUUGGAUUGGGAAACAACAAACUAAGAGACUGAAAUGGGAGGAUGGGCGCUGCGUCUCGCUGUGGGGAUCUACGUUCUCUUGCUCGCUGUGACAGCCAGCCAUGCUAAUGAGGUGAACCACUGUACUGCUGCCAGGGCAAAAACCUGCUCAGAAUGCAUCCGGAUUGGCACAGGAUGUGCUUACUGCCCCGAUGAGCUCUUCGAGUAUGAGCGUUGUGACCUGAAGGAAAACUUACAGGCCCGUAAAUGUAGUAGUCGGAUGGUAACAAUUGAGAGCAGUAGGAAAAUUGAAGAGAAUGUGCAAAUCGAUAAGUCACUGAAGUACUCUCAGGUGGCCCCUCAGCUAAUGAGCAUGACGCUUCUCCCCGGGGAGGAGAAGGAGGUGGAGAUGGAGGUGUUUGAACCAGCCCGUGGCCCUCUGGACCUCUACAUCCUCAUGGACUUCUCCAACUCUAUGUCUGAUGAUCUGGACAACCUGAAGAGGAUGGGAGACCAGCUGGCUCAGCUUGUUGGCAAACUCUCUGACGAUUACACCAUCGGAUUUGGCAAAUUUGUAGACAAAGUCACCGAGCCUCAGACAGACAUGAGGCCAUCCAAAUUAGCAGUGCCGUGGGCCAACAGUGACCCUCCGUUUUCAUUCCGUAAUGUCAUCAGUCUCACCAACAACAUAAACACCUUUAGACAGAAGCUCCAGCGAGAGCGCAUAUCUGGCAACCUGGAUGCCCCCGAGGGGGGUUUUGAUGCCAUCUUACAGACUGCUGUGUGCCAGGAACAAAUUGGCUGGAGGAAACAAAGCACCCACUUGCUGGUCUUCUCCACCGAAUCGGCAUUCCAUUAUGAGGCAGACGGUGCCAAUGUGCUUGCGGGCAUCUUGGAUCGUAACGAUGAGCAAUGCCACAUGACUCCAGAUGGAAAUUACACACAUGAUAUUCGUCAAGACUACCCAUCUAUACCUACCCUAGUGCGACUUCUGGUGAAACAUAACAUCAUUCCAAUCUUCGCAGUUACUAACCACUCCUACUCUUACUAUGAGAAACUUUCGGAAUACUUCCCUAUUGCUGAGCUGGGACAGUUGCAAGAAGAUUCCUCUAACAUCUUGAACAUUUUAGAUAAAGCUUUUCAGAAUAUUCGUUCCAAGAUCAGUAUCCGUGCAGAAGACAGACCAAAAGCAGUGGAAGCCAAGAUACUCUCUCAGUCCGGCACGUUUUCUGAGUUUGGCAAUUUCAAAAUCAAUCCUGGUGAAACUGGUAAAUUUAAAGUCCGUCUGAAGGCUCUUAAUCAGGUGGGAGAGCAGCAUGUGUGUAAUGCCAACCAGGCUGACCGGGCAGGAACCUUAAGAGUCAAACCAACCACCUUUAGCUCUGCCUUCAGAAUCAAUGCUGAAGUGCUCUGUCAGACAUGUGACUGCGAAAAGACCCCAGUUAAAAAUGCAGUGCGAUGUAACAGCCAUGGAGAUCUUGUCUGUGGGAAAUGCCAGUGUUAUGAUGGAUGGCUAGGCCCUUUCUGUAACUGUUCAGCAGGGUCCUCCACAGACUCUGCCAUGUGCAUCGAACCUGGGAAGACCAAGCCUUGCUCGGGCAGAGGAGACUGCAUGUGUGGGACCUGUGUGUGCUAUAACCCAAACCAGUUUGAAGGUCCCUUCUGCCACUUUGACAAAUCUCAGUGCCAGAGAUUUGGUGGAUUUCUCUGUAAUGAACGUGGAAGCUGCAGUAUGGGCAGAUGUGUUUGUACACCGGGAUGGACUGGAGAUGCCUGUGAAUGUCCUAUCAGCAACGGAUCAUGUCUUGACACCAAAGGGGGCAUCUGUAAUGGUCGUGGUGUGUGUAAAUGCGGUCGUUGCGAGUGUGAACACUCCGGACUUCCACUGAGCCCCACUUGUGAAGCAAACUUCCAGCAACAAUUGGGCAUGUGUGAAGCCAAAAGGAGCUGCGUUCAGUGCCAGGCCUGGAACACCGGCGAGAGAAAAGGACGGAAAUGUGAGGAAUGUUUCUUUAAAAUCAUCAUGGUGGAAGAGCUCGAAGAAGGUCGUAUGGUGGGAUUCAAAGAAGACCACUACAUGCUACGUCAGUCUUUGUCGACCACUGAUCAUUUGGACACCCCAAUGGUGCGCACCGGCCCACCCAAGAGCACAGACAUUGUGCGCUGGAAAGUGACGGACAAUGUUCAUCGAGGACCAAACCACCCACAGAACCAAAUCAAACCCAACCCCAAAGAGACCAUCCAGUACCCUGUCUCUCUUCGUCUGAACCGGCAAUAUUCAGAUACUCUGUCCAACCCUGAGGCUCGAGACACAGACAUGCUCAGGCGAGAAGUAGAGGACAACCUCAAUGAUGUGUUCCUGCAGAUCCCUGGCUCACAGAGAGUGCAAAAGACUCUAUUCAGGACACAAAGAAAUUCUGGAAAGAGACAGAACAACACGAUUGUAGACACGGUUUUAUCUGCUCCUCGUGCCUGUUACCCAGAUAUUGUGAAACUGACAGAUAAACAGGUUCAGGCUGGAAACUUCCGGGAUCUGAAGGUGGUUCCAGGCUACUACACUGUAGCCUCAGACAGAGAAGCGGCAGGGGCUGUGGAGUUUCAGGAGGGUGUGGAGUCCGUGGAUGUCCGGGUUCCCCUCUUUAUCAAAGAUGAGGAUGAUGAAAAGAAAGAGCUGCUUGUUCAAGCCGUUGACGUUCCAGUAGGAAUUGCGAAGAUCGGCAAAGAUCAUGUCAACAUCACCGUGAUUAAGGAACAUGCUAGGAGCAUCUUCACCUUCCUGCAGCCGUCAUACACCUACAGUCGUCAGGAUGGUGUGGCGAACAUCCCGAUCAGCCGUGAGAUCAUAGAGGAUGGACGGACUCAGGUCACAUACUGCACCCGUGACCUCACUGCCAAAGACAAGAAGGACUAUAUCUCAGCUGAUGGAGACUUGAAUUAUGCACCAGGCGAAACGCAGAAGACAGUCCCAGUGAAACUCUUGGAGCUUGGGGAGGGAGAUGGACUGCUGGAGGACAAACAGGUCAAACAGUUUGUAAUGGAUCUGAGUAACCCACGGCAAGGUGCUAAACUGGGCCGUUACCCACGCACCACCAUCACCAUCGCAGAUAAACCAGAACCCAGUGUCGUGAUGUUUAAGAAGAGUACUCAAACUUACAAUACAUCUGACCCGCUUUACUCCAUCCCUGUGGUACGCACUCGAAACCAGGAGGGUCCGACCAGUGUGUACUGGCGCACAAACAAAGCCUCACGCUUCGACCUCUCCAGUCCUCUCAAAUUUGCUCCUGGCGAGACGGAAAAGAACGUUGUCAUUGAUCCUUGUUCGUAUCCAUCUCCCAUCAUACCUGAGACCUUCCAACUGGAACUGUUUGACCCAAGCAACAAUGCAGUCAUUGGAGAGAGGAAAACCUCAGUGGUGAACGUCAUCGAUGGUAGAGGGGAUGGGAAAAUGGAUUUCCAGAAAAUGGAACAUGUUAAUAAUUCAGCCGCAUCUCCUGGAGGACGCCUCUACUCCCCAACCAACAUCAAAGCUGUUGCUACCGGCCCUAAAAACAUCCGUCUAAACUGGAACCCCAGAGCAAAUGCCAAUGGUUACAAGGUGAAGUACUGGAUUUAUGGAGACCCUGAGGCUGAUGCUCAGGUGCUGGAUGUGAAGACUCCUCAAGCCGAGCUGACUAAUCUCUACCCAUACUGCGACUAUGAGAUGCGUGUAUGUGGCUACAAUGUACUCGGAGAGGGCAAUUACAGCGAUGUCAUCCAAUGCCAGACUCUAGAGGAUGUACCUGGCGAACCUGGUCGCCUGGCUUUCAAUGUCAUCAGCCCCACUGUCACUCAGGUCAGCUGGGCGGAGCCAGCAGAGACCAAUGGUGUCAUUACUUCAUAUGAGGUUAUCUACACACCCAUCGACGAGGACAAGAAGCCUAUAGGACCUUCUAAGAAGGUGAUGAUUGACAACCCCAAAAAGCGCAUGCUGCUCAUCGAGAACCUGCAGCCUUCUCAGACCUACUGUUACAAAGUGCGUGCUCGCAAUAAGGUGGGCUGGGGCCCGUACAGAGAUGCCACAAUCAACCUGGCUUCACAACCUACCAGACCCAUGUCAAUUCCCAUCAUUCCUGACAUUCCCAUUGUGGACGCAGAAGCUGGCGAUGAAUAUGAUAGCUAUCUGAUGUACAGUAAUGAAGUACUGCGAUCCCCAACGGGUAGCCAGAGGCCUAGCGUCACAGAUCUGACUGAAGAUCAGUUUGUAAAUGGAAAGUGGGACCAGAAUUUCCUGUUCCCAGGAGGAAGCGGUUCCCUUUCCCGCAACGUCAGCUCCUCCUCAUCCACGUACAGCCAUUCCACACCCCGUCCUGGUGUGACCAAUCACAGCAGCACCACAACAUACAUUUCCGGCAAAGGAGGCUCAACGACACACAGAUAUGAUCUUAGGGAUGGCGGACUUCUCAAAGAGGAAGUGAUCCUGAGGAAGCGUUCUGAGAACAGGCAUUACACGGACGGUGAUGGUGUGAGGGAUUCUAUUGUCAUGGGAAACCUGUCUGGUGGAUUUUUGGACAACUUGGGUAAAUUAAGCCUGAUAGAUCUGCGUGCACAAAGCCAAUGGAAUUUGAUAUAAUGCCUCGCAAGGUGCAGCUUUUGGCAAGAAUCCUUGGCUCACUCUCGCUUCAAUCCUACUCUUCUUUUUCUUACCCUUAUGCCAUUUGUCUUCUCAGGUGAAGUAAAGCGUAUUGAAGUGAACAAUCCUGCUCAGAACUCUGUGGUGGUUCAGGAUCUCCUGCCCAACCAUUCCUACAUCUUCAAAGUGAAGGCCCAGAGUCGAGAGGGCUGGGGUCCUGAGAGAGAGGGAGUCAUCACCAUUGAGUCUGCUGUCGACCCCAAGAGUCCACUGAGCCCAGUGCCAGGAUCUCCAUUCACACUCAGCACUCCCAGCGCUCCAGGACCUUUGAUCUUCACAGCUUUGAGUCCAGACACGCUGCAGCUGAGCUGGGAGAAACCUCGCAAACCCAACGGGGACAUCCUGGGCUACGUGGUUACCUGUGAACAGCUGCACGGUGGAGGAGAUCUUCGCUCCUUCCAGGUGAAUGGCAAUGCUGCAACUUCUUUGACUGUGUCUGACCUGAAAGAAAACAUGCCAUACAAAUUCAAAGUUCAAGCCCAGACCACGCAGGGCUUUGGACCGGAGCGAGAAGGCAUCAUCACCAUCGAAUCCCAAGAUGGAGGCUCCAUGUCACAGUACAGCAGUCAUUCACUCACAAAGAGAGAGGUGUUCAACCUACCAACAGAGAUGACUUCACACACCAUGUUCUCAGAACCCUUUGUGUCUCCAGACGGGAUGAUGAUGAUGUCGAGCAGGCAGAUCACCGAGUCGGGCGGCACCAUCACGCGGCAGGUGGAGAUGGUGCAGAGAGGAGUGAUGUCCAGCAGCACCGUCACUAAGAAGGUGGAUAGACAGUACUACGAGGCCUAAUUUAACUUCCUUUUGCCUUCAGCUGAAAUCACAUGGCAGAGCAGCAGUACCAAAACACGCUAAAGUCAAACUAGAAACGUUCACAGACCAAUGUGCACAACAUGUGGUGUUUAUGUGAGCAUGAGAACAGCUGAGUGCUUGGAUUCCUCGGAUUAUUGCUCCUAAAGACCAAAGUCUUCAAGCCUUGAUGUUUUGUUGAAUGUAAAGACUUUUUAGUGUUAUCUUAUCGCUUCCAAACAGGUAUUUGUUAACUUUUGGCAUCAAUCCGUGUUUCAUGUAGUGUUUGCGAGAAAUGUUAUUGACGCAUGUGGCGUGGAAUACAGUUCUGUUGCUCGUUUGAGCUAGAUUGCGUUCGUUUUGACGAGGUUUGAAUUUGGCAGGUUUCAUAUCAUGUUGUUUAUAUCAUUGAUGUUGCUUUCAAGAUGUAUCAAGUUAUUUCAGCAUGUAGGUUUUCUAUAUGUAUUUGCCAUGUCUCUUGAAUUAACUCAGUCAUUUUCCUCCUAAAUCAGUUUUUUUUACUUGUUUGCAUAAAAUGCUGCAACAUAUGAGCACAUACACAUAUGGACUCGAUUCUUAGGACUGUAAAUAUGUUACUGAGGUUUGUUUUUUACUGCCUGGUUGCAAGAUGUGCUGUUGUAACUUCAGGCCUGUGGCUAUAUUUCAGAUGACAUAAAAUCUGCCAGGUUUGUACACUGCUGGGAAUUUGGAAAAGAUGACCAAUCUCACACCUAUGUACCCCUGAAUUACAUUUUUACUGCAUUUUAAUAAUUUGUAUGGUACUUUUGACAUGGGAAAAAAUAGAGUUUUAUAUUAAAAUUGCAUUUCACCAUCAUAUUCAAGCCGUAGUAUUUAGUAUGCAAAACGUCUCACUGCAUAUUAGUUCACCGCACCAAUAAAUCAUCCUACCACAGUCGA